CACUCUCCGUGUCGGCUUUUUGUGUGUCUGUAAUCUCGUCGUCGUCGUCGCAAGGGUAUGAGUGAGAGUGGGGCAAACAGGUCGAGUCGAGUCGGUCGGGUCGGGUCGCGUACCUUUUGCACUGACUGUUCUAGGCAGUCAGGCACAAGAAGGCCUUUUGAAUAGUAGCGCUGAUGUGUGUUGUGUGCGCCCGGCAGAGAGAGUGCGUCUGAGCUUUGUGUCGUUGUUGUUGUAGUUGCUUUAAUCGUCGGUCGCGAGUCGAGAUUUCGAGAUUUCUGUGGCCAGCGACGGUGACCGUGACGUGCAUCAUCAUCUUAUCAGCACGAGUUGCGAAACACUGCGUUAUCAGCCUGCUCUUGUUUGUGUCCUGACUUUUUUUUUCGAUUGGAUUACGCGCGAUCGUGACACGAUCGCAAACUGUCAACGGUGAAACAUUUCAAGCGCGCGAGCGACGGAAACAUUUCGGUGUGAUCCACGUGAUUCGGCAGUGAUUCGCGAGUGAUUGACUGAUCGCGCGGCGGUGAAUCCGGAUUGAGUGUUUUUGUGUUUAUGAUUGCUGGGGCAAAAAAAAGGAAACUUGGAAGCGCAGCCGUGAGAGCUAUGAUUGUUGAGGGUUUGUGAUAAGAAGACGAUUUUUCUGUUUCUGUUUUUUGCUGUGAGUGAGAGUGAAAUCCCGGUUUUUCUGCGGCAAAACGGGAACGGAUUUCUGCGAAUCGCGGUGAUUUAAUCAGGAAAAAUUUUCCUCGAUAGCGUAGGCCCCGAUUGUGGGGCCAAAACCGGUAGCAAUAUUAUUACCCACAACUCGCUCAGCAUGUACGGAGGCGGUGUCCUGUGCCCGUCGCCCUCGACGGCGACCGGGUUCUACAACCCGCGCGGACAGGGUUCCGAGAUUGGCGCGCUGGAGCUGGGCUUCCCCCGGGGGAUGGCUCUGGUUCCGCCGCCACCGCACGGUGCCUGGCGGGAUCCGACCUCGCUCGGGUCGCACCUGCCCGUGUCCAGCACCAGCGAGGACAUUACGACCCUGGGCGGAGGAUCCGCUCCGCCCACCUCGAUCUCCUCGAUGCAGUCCAACACGUCCUCCUCGGUGGACAAGAAAGAUUUCAUAUCCUCGACCGGUUCCGGAACCGGCGGAUCCCAGCACAACGCGCUCGGCCUGGCCGUGUCCCAGCACGGCUCGUCCAUCGAGAAGAAGGAGUUCCUGUCGCUCCAGCAGAGCACCACCCCCCAGAGCAUGAACUCCCAGAACGGAAGCCAGCAGGACCUCAAAAACCAGAACAUCGAAUGUGUCGUCUGCGGCGACAAGAGCUCCGGCAAGCACUACGGCCAGUUCACAUGCGAAGGUUGCAAAUCGUUCUUCAAGCGAUCGGUCCGGCGGAACCUGUCGUACUCGUGCCGCGGCAACCGGAACUGCCCGAUCGACCAGCACCACCGGAACCAGUGCCAACACUGUCGACUACGAAAGUGCCUCAAGAUGGGAAUGCGACGCGAAGCUGUGCAACGCGGUCGAGUUCCGCCGUCGCAACCGCCGGGCCUGCCAUACGGCCAGUACACGAUACCAAACGGGGACGCCGUCACCGGCUUCAACGGGCACUCGUACCUUAGUUCCUACAUCUCGCUGCUGCUCCGGGCGGAACCGUACCCGACGUCCCGGUACGGCCAGUGCAUGCAGACGAACAACAUCAUGGGCAUCGACAACAUCUGCGAGCUCGCGGCCCGGUUACUGUUCUCGGCGGUCGAGUGGGCCCGCAACAUCCCCUUCUUCCCGGAUCUCCAGGUGACCGACCAGGUCGCCCUGCUGCGGCUAGUCUGGUCCGAACUGUUUGUGCUGAACGCGUCCCAGUGCUCGAUGCCACUGCACGUGGCCCCCCUGUUGGCCGCGGCAGGUCUGCACGCGUCCCCCAUGGCCGCCGACCGGGUAGUGGCCUUCAUGGACCACAUCCGGAUAUUCCAGGAGCAGGUGGAGAAGCUGAAGGCUCUGCACGUGGAUUCGGCCGAGUACUCCUGUCUGAAAGCAAUAGUCCUAUUCACAACAGAUGCCUGCGGUCUGUCGGACGUCGCCCACAUCGAGUCGCUGCAGGAAAAGUCCCAGUGCGCGCUGGAGGAGUACUGCCGGUCCCAGUACCCGAACCAGCCGACCCGCUUCGGCAAGCUGCUGCUCCGGUUACCCUCGCUGCGGACGGUCUCAUCGCAGGUGGGUUCCAAGGUGAUAGAACAGCUGUUCUUCGUUCGGUUAGUGGGCAAGACGCCGAUCGAGACGCUCAUCCGGGACAUGCUGCUGUCGGGAAGUAGUUUCUCCUGGCCGUACCUGCCUACGAUGUGACACACGGCCGUGUGGCGUCAGUU